AUGUUCUCCUCGGCCCUGAAAUCGUUCUCCUCGAACAUUGCGAGCAACUAUACUAUUGCACCACAGCCAAGCGGGAGCUCCGGACCAUGGAGGAUCUUCGAUGCGAGGAGGAAGCAAGGUGGGAAGGCGGCAUCGAUCUUUGUGUUUGACAAAAAGAGCUUGGAGCCACAGAGUGGAGGUCUUGGUGGGAGAGGUAGUGCGACUUCUCUCAAGCGUACGCAUGAGGAGGUUCUGGAGCGGUUGAAGAGGGAGGCAAGUAAUCUGGCUCGAUUGCGACAUCCCUCGAUACUGGAGUUGGCCGAACCCGUUGAAGAGACACGAUAUGGUGGACUUCAGUUUGCAACGGAGCCAGUCAGUGCGAGUCUCGCAGGACUGCUCCAGGAGAAGGACGAGCAGGAAAGGUCUGGUGGUGCCACUGGAAGAGCAAGUCGUUUUGUUGUGGAAGAGUCGGACGGGACGCUGCGACGCAGGGAGCUGGAAAUUGACGAAUUGGAGAUACAAAAGGGACUGCUUCAACUGGGAAAGGGACUUGAGUUUCUGCAUGAGAGUGCUGGCUUGGUGCAUGCGAAUUUGACCCCGGAUGCCAUCUUGAUCAACGCAAAGGGAGACUGGAAGAUAUCUGGAUUGUCAUUUACCGGGCCUCAUGAAAGUUCUACUGCCGCAACCUCUUUACCUCCAAUCAGCCUUUAUGAGGUCUUGAACCACGAUCCGAGACUACCGCGAUCGGUGCAAAUGAAUAUUGAUUAUACAAGUCCAGACUUUGUGCUGGACAACACUCUCACAGCUUCGGCGGACAUGUUCAGCUUGGGUCUGCUGAUCCUUGCAUUGUACAACAGUCCGCACAGCUCACCACUGAGUACGGGAAGCUCUCUGUCGUCUUACAAGCGAGUAUUUUCCAGCUCGUCCAGCGUCCCGACCCAGAGCAACAACUUCUUGAUACCCAAAUCACAUCCUCUGCCUCCGAAGUUAUCCUCGGAGCUCUUGCCUCGACUGAUUACACGGCGGCCUGCCCAGCGACUAUCAGCUCGGGAGUUCCAGGAAGCGAGCUAUUUUGAUAACAUCUUGGUAUCAACUAUACGGUUUCUCGAUGCGUUGCCAGCAAAGACACCGAACGAGAAACUUUCAUUCAUGCGAGGCUUGCCCAAGAUCACUCCGCAAUUUCCGAAAAGCGUGCUGGAGAAGAAGGUGCUCCCAGCAUUGCUGGAGGAGCUCAAAGAUAAGGACCUACUCGCGCCUAUCCUGACGAAUGUCUUCGCAAUGAUCAAGGCCAUGCCGACGGGCAAACGAGCUUUCACGGAAAAGGUCGCUCCGAGGCUGACUGAGAUCUUCGUAACGGCGAAGUCUGCAGAGAGGGAUACAUCGAAGGAGGGUGGACUGAUGGUCCUCCUUGAAAACAUGGAUGUUGCUGCGAAGAACUGUUCUGGCAAGGAGUUUCGAGAUGAAAUCCUGCCCAUUUUCCUCUUGGCUCUUGAGUCGCCUACCCACGCUUUGGUAGACGUGGCUCUCAACGGCCUGCCAUCCAUUCUGCCAGUUUUGGACUUCUCCACCAUCAAGAACGAAUUGUUCCCAGCCAUCGCGAAUGUGUUCGCCAAGACGAGCAGUUUGAACAUCAAGAUUCGUGGUCUGGAAGCUUUCUACAUCCUGUGCGGAGGGAGGUCAGAAGCGGACAGUAGCAACAACGACGAUCUGAAUGGCAUUGGUGUUCCAGACAAGAAACCAACAUCGACAUCCAGCAGCUUCAUUCUGGACAAGUACACCGUUCAAGAGAAAGUCGUACCAAUGCUGAAAUGCAUCAAGACAAGAGAGCCUGGUGUAAUGAUGGCUGCGUUGAAAGUCUUCCGCCAGGUCGGCGAAGUGGCUGACUCUGACUUUCUUGCAAUCGACGUGCUUCCCAUACUCUGGUCCAUGAGCUUGGGGCCAUUGCUCAACCUGCAACAGUUCCAGGCCUUCAUGACACUGAUCAAAAGUCUGAGUGGUAGAAUUGAGAGAGAGCAGACUCGCAAAUUGCAGGAGAUGUCCAGCGGGCAUGGAUCAUCAUCGACUCGGUCCCACGCUCCAGGUAGAGGGGCGUCCAGCACUUUUGAGGCAGGAAGCGGGCUUUCUACCUCUGGUGAAACCGACUUUGAGAGUCUAGUAUCCGGGAGGAAGGCUGGACCGGCCAAUGGAGGUGAUCUGAUGAACGACUGGGGCUCUCCAGUACAGCCUGCAGCUGCGAAUGGGGCACGGAACGCACCACCAGCAUUCUCAUGGCAAACAGCGCCGGCAACAAUGCAACCGGCAAGGCAACAGUCCUCCAUGUCUUCACUCCAGCAGCCGAAUCCGGGAACCAGAGCCAUCACUCCUGAUCUCGCAUCCUUCACGUCCCUUACGCCGAGCAGCCAGUUCUCUCAGCCUCUGCAGCCAAAUCGACCGAUGGUAUCACCGACAACUAAUGUACCGAUGAGACCAGCGCAGCCGAGUCAACUAAAUAGUGCUGGGAAUGGCACGAGCAUAAAUUGGUCAGCAGCGUCUAAUCCCGCACAGAAAUUCAAUCUACCGCCGCCUCCCACAAGUCCGCAAGGGUUUGGGCAGCAAAGCGGCUACUCCUUUCCUGCCAUGAAACCUCCCGCAGUCAAACCGAUACAACAGCAACAGCCGAAGCCGCCACAGAAUGGCAUGUCUGGAGGCGGAUUGGACAAGUACGAGAGUUUACUAUAG